AUGGCCAAGACGCCCGCUGAGUUCGAUCAUAUGACGCACGACGUGCCACCGACGAGCGACAUGGGCGGCGCUCUCACGCCAGCCGCCCUCGCUUCCGCGAAAAAGAAGAAACACCGCAGCCGUCCCCUCUUUGACGACCGCGCAUCGUCACUUGCGGCGACGGCGCAGGUGCAGGCCGAUCUUCUCGCGACCGCCAGCGAUCUGUACCGCCGCAUCGAGGCCGAUCCCCAUGGCCUGCGCGACGACGAGGCCUACUGGAAGUCGCUCCCUGCGCAUCUUCGCACAUUCAUACGAAACGCGCUGCCACUCGGGCAAUUUGGGCAAGAUGCGUCCGCAGACACGCUGCCCCCUCGCCACGCAUCGACGCAGGCCAUGAUUGCGGUGGCGCAGCAGCUUGCCCAGGCCGCGCAUGGUCCGCAGGCCGCGCCGCCCAUGACCGAGUUAUACCGCGCGAAGCAGCGGUAUCUGUCACAGCUGCCCAAUAUGCCCCUACCUGUCGGUGAGGACGGCGACCUCGUCUUUGUCGACGACCUCGACUACGACGACGACGAACUUGCCUAUGCGAGUGACGACACCGAGUCGGACAAGAAGAAGAAAAAGAGCAAAAAGAAGAAAAAGAGCGCACCGCCGCCCCCACCACCCCCGCCUGCGCCGCUGCCACCGAAGCGCAGCAUGCCGCUGCCAUCAUCGCGCGCCGCCGGCAAACUUCCUAUGCUCUUCCACGCUCCGCCCCCGCCAAAUCCCCACCCUGCGCCCCGCCGCAGCCGCUCACUGCACGAGCACACGCCGCCUGUGUUCCCCGCCAAUAUGGCCGGCGCGGCUCCUCCAGCGGGCGCGAGUGUGCUCACCAUCAGCAACGCCAACGAGCGGUACGAAAUCCAGGCGUUCUGGCGCGGCCUAUCGCGACAGGAGCGGCGUGCGCUCAUUGAGGGCGAGGAGAAGGGCGUGAAGCGCAAGCUGCAUGAGUAUCAGCGGCAUGCGUGUGCGUGCGCGAUCUGCCAGCGCAAGCGGCAUGCGAUCGACACCAAGCUGAGCGAGAUGUAUGCGGCAUACUAUGACGCCGCCGAAGCUCAUGCAGCAGCGGCGCCGGAGCUGAUUGACUUUGAUGCGGCCGACGAGGCCGUGCUGCCUGGCCCCUUUCCAGGCAGCGUGGCGCUGGACCGGCACGGCGGCGUCGUGGGGCACAAUCUCAUUCUCGCACGGUAUGCGCUGCGCUCGCGCCGGCGAAAGCGAGAUGAUGUGUACUAUGACGAGCUCGACGACGACGAGUAUGAUGACGAAGACGACUAUGACGACGACCUCGACGACGAGGAUAAGUGUCUCCAGAACCCCGACUGCUACUGCAUCAACUCGACGCUCACCAUCAAGGGCAUAUUAUCCGUCGCCGACGAUCUCUCUGGCAACGAGGUCCAAAAACUCGUCUUGAUGCUCGAGCAGUUCAGUGAGCGCCGCACCACGGCCGACGACGCCGAUGACUGGACAGACGACAGCUCCUCCCGCAGCGAGGUCGAACUGUCGCCGAGCGAGCAGCGCGAGCAGGGCUGGCGCAUGUUCCAGAUCUUCGCUGCGCGUGUGCUCGAGCACCGCGUUCUACAGGCGUAUCGCGAGCGCGUCGCGCAUGAGCGGCAGCUGCAAUUGCUGCGCGAGCUCGAGGAGGAGGAGUCGACAGAAAAGGCGCGCGAGGCGAAACGCGCCAAAGAGAAUCAGCGCCGCAAGGACCGCAAGCGCCAGAUGCGCCAGCAAAAGGAAGAGGAGCGGCUGCGCAAGGAGCAGGAAAAGGCCGCUGAGGAAGAAGCGGCUCGUGAGGCGGAGCGUCGCGAAGCCGAGCGUCGCGAAGCACAGCGCCGCGAAGCGGAACGCCGCGAAGCUGAAAAGCGCGAGGCACAGCGCCGCGAGGCUGAGAAGAAGGCGGCGCAGCGCCGCGAGGCAGAAAGGCGCGAGGCACAGCGCCGCGAAGAGCGCAAAAAACAGGCGGAAGAGCGGCGACUCGCUGAUGAGCGGCGAGCCGCCGAGGCGGAAGAACGCAAGCGGCGGCAGCAAGAGCGGCGAAAAAAGAAGACCGAAGCGCCCCCGAAAGCAGCGGCGUCCGCUCCCUCCGAGCCGACAGAGCCUGUGCGUCCCAUCGCCGAGCCUGUGCGUCCCACCGCCGAGCCUGUACGCCCCACCGCCGAGCCCGUGCAAGCUGCGCCGUCUGUGGGGUCAGAUGCCCUGCUCGACUUCUCACCCAUGUCGUUCGUCGGCCCUGAUGGCUGGCACCCUCGGUUCGACCAGCCUUUCGUGCCGCCAUCGUCGUCCCUGAGUCGCUUGUCGCUGCAGGAGCCACACGACCUGUUGGGACCUUGGGCACCGCCUCGCGACGCUGCAGCACCGCUUGGCCCCAUUGAGCCGCCGCGCCGUGCGGCCACGACGCACGUGGAGAGCGCAGCACCGAGUCCGGGUGUGCUGGGCAGCGCGGCCCUGGGAGACGACGAGCCCAUUGAGCCGCGUGGACGCCGUGCGCCCGGGUCCUUUGGCGCGCCGUUUGCGCCGUUCUAUUCACCAUGGGCCACGGCGCCAGGCUACUCCUUCGGUCUAGGCACGUCGCUCGCGAGUCCUCCCUCGGCGCAUGCGUCGUCCAUGGCCUCCGCGGCCAGCGGCGCUGCCGCGUCCGCCAUACCAGCUUCGUUCUCCCCUGCCUUUGAGCCACGUGCGCCACCUACGUUCGAGUCCACGUGGCCAUCGUCGUGGGAUCGCGCGCGCCAUGCCUUUGAGCAGCCGAUGGACCCACUGCCGGACUUUGGUGGUGUCAGUAGCCUCUCGCCCCCGUCGCUUCCAUCGUCGUCGUUGGCAGCAGGUCGCGCGCGGCAUGCCAUGUACCCGUAUCCAUAG